AUGGAACCAGCACUGACAAUCUUCUUUGCAUUGCUCUUUGUCCUGGUGUGUGUCCUGGGGAUCCUGGCCAAUGGCUUCAUCGUGCUGAUGCUGAGCAGGGAGAGGCUGCGGCGUGGUAGGCUGCUCCCCUCGGACAUGAUUCUCUUUGGCUUAGGUGCUUCCCGCUGUGGCCAUCAGUGUCUCGGGCUGGUGUACAACUUUUACUAUUCCUUCCACCUGGUUGACUUCUCCAAGAGUCUUGCCCGACAGUUCAUUUCUCUGCAAAUGGAAUUCCUGAACUCAUCCACCUUCUGGUUUGCUGCCUGGCUCAGCGUUCUGUUCUGUGUAAAGAUUGCUAACUUCUCCCAUCCUGCCUUCUUCUGGUUGAAGUGGAGGCUCCCAGCAUUGGUGCCCUGGCUCCUUCUAGGCUCUGUCCUCAUUUCCCUCUUGGUAACCUUGCUGUUCCUUUGGGGGAACUUCUCUGUGUAUCAAUCAUUUUUAAUGAGCAAACUUUCUGGAAACCUGACUGAGAAAGAAUGGAACAGGAACCUGGAAAUUCGCUAUUACAUGCCUCUGAAACUUGUCGUGUUGUCAAUUCCGUGCUCUCUUUUUCUGGUCUCGAUUUUGCUGUUGAUUGGUUCUCUGAGGAAACACAGCCUGAGAAUGCAGAACAACGCCCAUGACCCUCAGGGUCACAGCAACCAGGUUCACACCAGAGCUCUAAAGUCCCUCAUCUCCUUCCUUGUUCUCUAUGCACUAUCUUUCGUUUUCCUGGUCAUUGAUGCUACAGUCAUUAUCACCUCAGAUAGUAGGUGGUACUGGCCAUGGCAGAUCUUAGUCUACCUGAGCCUGUCUAUCCAUCCCUUCAUCCUUAUCAGAAGCAACCUCAAGCUUCGAGGCAUGGUCAGGCAGCUACUGGUGUUGUUCAGGGCCUUCUGGGUGCCCUAA